AUUAGAUUAUUAUACCAAUUCACAAAGAGUUAAUGGCAAUAAUCUAUUAAUGUCACCACCCAAUUUUUGGCGCGAGCUUUUAAAAAAAUCGCAAAUUUAUUUCGCAGAGAUGGAAGAACACUGGAAACUACUUGGAUACAAUAAUGCUUUACUUUUAUCCACAUAUGCAAAUAAGUUUUCAACAGAUUUAAUGUAUGAUUUGAGUGUUGGAAGGCGUUACUAUUUUAUGCUGACAUAUUUCAAUUCCCUUGCAAAUUCAGGAAAAAAGGAAAUACCAACAGAAGAAUUGGAUUUUCGUGAUGUUCACAUAAAGGAAUUUUCAGUUACAGAAGCGUUCAUAUACUUUUUUACUUCUCCCGAAUUGGGUAUGUCGAUAUCUUUUCGCUUACCGUACCCACCCAAGUUAUAUCAAUCUCGUGAAACUUAUGAAAAAUUUAUUCGUCAACCUCUUGAUCAACAAACACAUAAUGGUCACGACUCUAAAUUAAAGCCGGCUGCGUUGAAUCUACUUCUUGACUUGAAAGUCUGCAUUGAAUAA